AUGCCGGACUACCAUCUCCCCCACUCGCCUCACAUCCGAGUUCUGGACCGCUUCAGCACCCUCCCAAAUGACGCAGAGGGCGAGGAUGGAUAUGUCGCCUGGUGGCCGCUGGUUUGUGCGACUCUCCAGCGCAAAGUCACCUCGCCGGCCGAUGUGAUCGACAUACUGGGCGAGAUCGCCGUGCUCCUCCGCGGUACAUCGGGAGACUACGACACUCUCCGUGCUGUCCUGCCCGGUUACAUGCCUUUCUGGCCGAGAAUCGUUGCCGCAGCUCUUGCUAUCGACAUGCUUCCCCCGGUACUCCCUCUGAUGGCGCCAGGCGACAUACGACAUCUUCCUCGCACCCAUCUCCGCUCCUUGGUGGCGCACCAGUUUCUCACAUCUCUCGUACACCCUGCCCAUCGACCGCCAGACGGCUGGGUGGACUUCGACAUCUGGUUCCACUCGGAGCAGCCUCACCCACUUGCAGCAGAGAUGUACCUCACAUCAGUGCUCGAAUAUCUCGCCAGCGAUGAUGUGAAUGGCACAGUCACCUUUGAUCUGCGGGCCUCAAUCACUCCAGCGCUCAGUAAAUCCUUGAGCAGUGUGCGCAUUCUCGAAGUUGAGCACUUCACGGCCCCACAUCCGACGGAAGGCGCCAUGGUGGUGUCCGCCAACAAAGUGAUUGGAUUUGGGCGGUCAGCGACCCAGGAGGAGCUCUACUUCGGCGGCGCGCCUGACAUCUGUCCGGCUGUACUGUUCGUGCCGGCUCUGGAGCAGUCGGCACUCGUUGUUUCCGGCGUAGAGUUCACGCUCCAAAUCGAAGGGACACGACGCAGCAUCUCGUGGACCAGGCGGCGAUCUGCACCGCAGAUACUCCUUCUUAUGGAUACGCCGGAGAUAGACGAGCUGGGCCGCGACGCCAACCUACAGUCCGCGAACGUUGCACGCGAGCUUGAAAAGGCGACCACGGCGUUCGCCGGCCAGCAUACAGUAACGUCACCGCCAUGGGGGUGCGGCGCCUUCUGUGGCGACGCCGCCGUUAAGCUCCCCAUUCUCUGGAUGGCAGCGUCUGCAGCGGGGGCAUCGCUAGAGCUUGUGGUUGAUCCUCCCCAUCGCGAGGUCGCACGCGCGUUUGAGGCAUGGGCUAAGCGCUGGAAGGGGACUGCGGGCGACCUCCGCGCACGCCUCGGAUCGAUUCCAUCUCACUUAUCCGGCAUAGAGGUGCUGACAGCCCUUGGCUAG